AGUUGUUGAGGUGGAGACCGUGGGUGAUAAAGAUGGAGUGAAUGACCAUUAGUUGAAUCAUAUUGGCGCAUCGUUGAGCCAGAGACAUGCACCGCUUCCAUGCUCGGAGCUGCAGCUGCCACAUGGAUGAGUAAUUAAGCAAACUGCCGCCGGGCUGGGCUAUUGACUGUUCAUCAAGCCUAGCAUAUCAUAUUUUGAAAAAAUAUUUGUCGUUUCAGUACAAAAACGUCUUGUCGUUUGUGAAGUGCUCUAGUAUAUCUACUCAACUCAACUAUCUGAUUACGAAUCUGUAAACUCAAACUUGAUAACCAAAGAGCCAAGCCAACUGGGCACACAUGAGCUACACUUCGACUCGCUUCAUCCGCCAUUUUGGUCUCUCCUCGGCCAUUGCAUGCUCCACUCGAGACAUUGGCUACCUCCUUAUAACCCCCGCGAAGCAGAAACUUUGUACGGCUGCCUUUCCCAUGGCCCAAAAGGGAAGUGAAGAGUUAUUGGCUGUAGUUGGGGGUGGAGCAGCUGGGUUUUAUGGGGCUGUUAGAGCUAAGACUGUUGCACCUAAGCUUAAUGUGGUGGUUAUUGAGAAAGGAACACCUCUUUCUAAGGUAAAGAUUUCUGGGGGUGGCCGUUGCAAUGUGACUAACGGGCACUGUGUUGAGAAAGUGAUUUUGGCAGAAAAUUACCCAAGAGGUCAUAAAGAAUUCAAAGGAUCUUUCUUUGACAUGCAUGGGCCAGAUGAUACCAUGUCCUGGUUUUCUGAUCAUGGAGUGGACUUGAAGGUUGAGGAGGAUGGAAGGGUAUUUCCUGUCAGCAACAGUUCUUCUACAAUAAUCAACUGUCUCAUGUCUGAAGCAAACCGAACAGGAGUUGUUUUGCAGACUGGAAAAACUGUGAGAACAGCAUCUGCUAAUGGUGGGAAAUUUCUUCUUGGUAUUGGGAAGCAGGCAACCAGUCCUAUUGAAUAUGUUGAAGCAGAUUAUCUAUUGAUUGCUAGUGGAAGUAGUAGUCAGGGUUUUAGUCUUGCAUCUCAGCUUGGUCAUUCGAUUAUAGACCCAGUGCCAAGUUUGUUUACUUUCAAGACUCUGGAUCCACAGUUAGCAGAGUUGUCAGGAGUUACGUUUCCAAAAGUAAAUGCAAAGCUGACAUUAGAAAGUGUUAAAAGGAAUGUACAACAAUUUACACAGGUUGGCCCCAUGUUAGUGACUCAUUGGGGACUUAGUGGGCCUGUAAUUCUUCGGCUAUCUGCUUGGGGUGCUCGUGAUCUAUUCUCAUCUGGUUACAAAGGGACUGUUACUGUGGAUUUUAUGCCUGAUUUACACAUAGAAGACGUCAAGUCAAUGCUUAGUCGACACAAGCUUCAGUUCUUGAAGCAGAAAGUGUCCAACUCAUAUCCACCAGAAUUUGGUCUUGUGAAGAGAUUCUGGAAGUAUAUAUUGGAUCGCCAGGGUUUAUCUGGAGAUGACUUGUGGUCUUCUAUUCCAAAUAACACUUUGACUUCUGUUGCUUUUCUAUUGAAGAAUUGUGACUUCGGAAUUACAGGGAAGGGUCAAUUUAAGGAUGAAUUUGUCAAGGCCGGGGGUGUUCCACUAUCUGAGAUUUCGUUGAAUACAAUGGAAAGCAAAAUUCAUUCAGAUUUAUUCUUGGCCGGGGAGGUACUGAAUGUUGAUGGGGUAACUGGUGGUUUCAAUUUUCAGAAUGCUUGGUCAGGUGGAUACAUAGCUGGAAGUACUAUUGGUACACGAGUAAGUGAUGCUCAUCUCAGGGGUUUGGAUUUAGCAUAAACUUGGUUAACAUAGAGGAUUGCUUAUUGUGUCAAAUCAAAUAUUUCGUUUAUUUUAAGAAAAGUUAAUAUAUAUAGAAUCUCCUUCGUGAGUUGUCUUUUUUUUUUUUUUUUUAUUUAUAUAGGCUUUCGAUUUGAGACCCAUUUCGGGAUAGUGCCUAAGUGAUGAUUAACUUUGAUUAAUAGGAGGUCCUCUCUUCAAUCA